UCUGUCUAUCCCGAAGUGCGUCCUGUCCACUGCACCCUGACGCCGGUGCCUUCAGACAAGCCCGGCCACAAGCAAUUCGCCGGCUUUCUGCUUACGCCCGCGCUUGACGCUUCUAUCAAGCCGCCCGAGCCGGCCUACACCCUCGUCGAUGGGCGUCGGAUCGGCGCUUCCUGCAUCGUCGACCUCGACCCCGCGCAGUCAACAUUAACCGGUCCCUCCGGCACCUUUCGACUCAUACAACUGGGCCGAGAGGGUCGCAGAUGCGCCCUUCUCAAGUACCAUCUGGUGCCCGCGCAUCCGCCGGCUGUCGUCACGACUCCUGCCGACCCCGGCAGAAGAGCCGAGCCUCCGGCGGCCCGCCCAACGCUCAGUCACUCCCCCAACGGACUCCGUCGGCAACAGGCGUCGAGUAGAGAGCAAACUUCGGUAGGUCCACCGGCGUUUAACGUCGGUCGUCUGGUGCCUGCAAGCACGAACACUCCUGCUGUAUGCAUAUUUAGAUGA